CGAAUAGAAGGAUGUGAUCAUCAGUCAUACCACAUUGGGAUUACAGCAAUUUGCAAAUUUUCAUAGAUCAACAGCAAAGAAGUGGAGCGAGAGGAGGACAAACUUGUAGGAACUAACAAGCUCAUACGGAUUGACUGGAGGACUAAAGGAAGAGGCGAGAGAAAAAGGAUAAACUAAACCCAAUUUGAUGAGUUCCAUUUGAGCUUGUGAAUGGACUUUUUUUUUGCAGUCCAUCUGCUGCCAGGCCCCAGACCUGCCAGACCAGAGUUGCUGGUGCACACACCACAUUGACUAAUCUUCUCGGUUUCAGCCAGUUGACCGGUGAAGUCAGUGUCGUAGAGAAGACUGGCGAUGAUCUGCUUUCGGCUUUGCCAGAAGUGUCAGGGCCAUCGCUGUUAGAGCACGUUGUGUUUUGCAGUGGCGCAGAGAGUGAGAGAGUGGGGGCAGUAGUAGUAAUAGUAAUCUAGGGAUGACACCCACACUUUAUUCCAUCAGAAGAGUUUAGUGAGGUGUGUGGUGUGGCUCAUCACACUAUUUUUCUGUACUACAAACACACACACAUUUUAGUUUGCACAUACAAACACAAGAGCUACACACUCCCAGAGACCGAUGAUGCAUUGGAUUGGAACUCUGUCCGGAUCUUAAACACAGCAGGCUUUCCGAUCAGGGUGCAUGAGUGAGUGUGUAGCUGGAGUGCACCCAGUGGAGCAUGUUAGAAAGGUAGAGUUAGGCAAGUCGAUGUUGCACGAUUACACUGUGUGAUAGCCUGUGAUUAUUCUGAGGAGUCUAAAAUUACCAUGUAACAUCACUGUCCCUUUACGCUACAGUGUAAACAUGACUGCGUAUUGAAAGAGAUAACAUUCAAACAAAUAUUGGUAGAUAUCUCAUGAAAGUAUAGUCUCUGGGGUAAAAUAGACUAAAAAGUGCAAUAUCUGAAACUAAAGCGUCUGACUGCAGUUUGCUCAACCUCUUGUAGGUUGGCUAUUCUACACGGGGCAAGCACUGCCACUCUGUCUUUAUAGAGCGGCACUCAAGCUCAAUGGAUUUUAUUUAACCUUAGCUAUCUCCAGAUGAGUUGUAGAAAGAUAGUGUCUCCAUCUCUCCAGAGGCUUGGCCAGUUUGGUUAUAGCUCAAAAGAACAUUGACUUCUGUCUACAGAUUUGUCUGGUGAGAAGUGCAGAAAGCCCUGUUUAACUCAUUAAAAUACAAUGUGUUAGAGAAUGAACAAUUUUGCCCUAGAUUUCUCUCUGUCCUCGAGGGCACGAUAGCUCUAUUUCAAAAGUCAGCAUUCAGUCAACAUCAGUAGUGAUAAACUUGACUUGCUUUGGAAGACAGUUUCUCAGCCUGUAUCUGACUGAAAUAUAGUACUAUUGAUGUUUUCCGUUCCUUGGAGCAGUGUGGUUUGACCUACACAACACAAGCAGUCUGUUGUUGUGGUUAAUUUUGUGGCUUUGAUUGUUAAAGCGCCCUGUGCUAAGAACUAGCCUAGCUCCCAGUUUGACACUGUGGUCAAUGAUGAGCUAAUUAAGUUGUCCCUUAUUUGGUUAGUUGAAUGGUUGCCAUUACUAAAUACCCUUGCUGCUAAAAAACAACAUAUUUCAGGUCUGCUUUGGUCCUUUUUGGUAUUGGUUUUUGUGGUUAAUUGAUCUGAAAGUCUUGGGCUUUAGUUUCUGGAGGCUAGGAGCCCUGUGGUAGAAAAUAGCUAGCCUGGCAGUGUUUGCUUGGUUGUCGUUUUGGGACUGAGCUCCUCUACUGCUUUGUAGCAGCAGAACCCAUGCACCAUGUGGGUUUAAGAUAAUACAUGUUAUAAGUACUUUCUAAACAGCACAAGGUGCUAAGGUCAACAGUGGAACCUUUUGUUGCUCUAAGCUCAUCUUUGUGUGCAUUGUGAUCUAGUUUCUAAAUCGCUAUCUCUGUUAGCGCCCUGAGCUCUUGCCAAACGUCUGUGGAUUGCAUGCAAGCUCUGGCUACAAUUCAGUGUUAUGUGAAUUAGCAGCUAAAACUGUUUCUUUGCAUGUGUUGUGAUGCAGUGUAGCACAUAAGAGUCCUUUCUUUAAGUGUUGUCCUCAAACAGCAACUUCUGUCUGAUUGCACUGAAGUAAAGCUGGGCAGUUAGCGUGUGCGCGUGUCUGCAGCAUUGCAGUUGAGAACAAAUCAGAGUGUGUGUGUAUGUGGGCUGGUCUGGCUGUAGCAGUGCAGGCAGGGUCACAGAGGAGCCAUUGAUCAAACGUGCAUACACACACAUACGCACACAGAUUCUCAAUACACAAUGAGGCCUGUCCUCUGCCUCCUCCACCCUGCCCCCUUCUCUCUGGCCCUACGCAGCCUGGUUCUGGUCCUGCUCUGCAUCACUCCCCGUUGUCAGGCGGUGCAGGCGGAGAAUGUGACAGUCUUGGAGGGAGGUACGGCUCAGAUCUCCUGCCGCCUGCAGAACUACGAUGGAUCAAUCGUGGUUAUCCAGAAUCCCCGCCGGCAGACCCUCUUCUUUAAUGGCACGCGAGCUCUGAAGGAUGACCGUUUCCAGAUGGUGCUUUUCACGCCACGGCUGGUGCGCAUCACGUUGACCAAUGUCAGUGUGACGGAUGAGGGCGGCUACUUCUGCCAGCUCUACACGGAUGACACGCACCACCAGGUGGCGACUCUCUCAGUUUCUGUGCCCCCGGAGACGCCCACGGUGGAGGUGAAGCAGGAGGCCAUGGAGGGCGGCGAGGUGGAGCUCACCUGUUUGUCGCCACGCAGCAAGCCGGCUGCAACCCUGCGCUGGAUUCGUAACGGCCGUGAGAUACCAGGUGUGGUAUCCCAGCAGGACAACGCAAAGACGUUCAGCGUGUCCAGCACCAUCCGGAUCCCGGUGGAAAGGAAAGACAACGGGGCGGCGCUGAGCUGCGAGGCGUUCCACCCAGCACUUGGCGGGCAGAAGAGGAUUCGACACUAUCGCCUGGAUGUGUACUUUGCACCAACAGUGAGAAUUGUUCCUCCCUUUGGCAUUUUGCGAGAGGGCGACUCGCUCAGCCUCACCUGCUCUGUCACUGGGAACCCUCUGCCCAGGAACAUUCAGUGGUCCAAGAUUAAUGACACCUUACCCGAGAGGGCAGAGAUUUCCGGCCCCACCUUUCAGAUUUCCCGUCUCAGCCAAUCACACAACGGAACGUACUUGUGCCAGGCCCAGAACAACUAUGGACGUGCUGCCGAUCAUUACACCCUACUGGUGUAUGAUAAUGUGUCAGUCACUACCACGGUCCCUCCUAUUCCCACCACCCAACCAAUCACCUCCCAUCCCACCACCCCAACCCUCCUAACACCCAGCUUCGCUCCGGACCCGAAAGAUCCCGGUGCAGUGGUAGAGACUCACAGUGCAGUACCAUAUGCAGUGAUAGGUGGUGUUCUGGCACUGCUGGUUUUCACCGUCAUCUGUGUCCUCAUCGUCACCAUCUGGUGCUCUGUUCGACAGAAAGGCUCGUACCGUACACGAGAGCCUAUUCUUGCUUGGUAUUGACUAACAAUCAGUUAACUAAUUAAUUAAUCAGUCACAGGUUCCUAUCUUACCCAUGAGGCCAGUGGGUUGGAUGAACAUGGUGAGGUGCAGGAGGCUUUCCUCAACGGGAACGACGCCAGCCAGGGCAAGAAAGAGUACCUACUGUAGCCCCUCUCCCUCCCUAUCCCCUUCUCCUCUGACCUCAUCACCCCAUCCCUUCCUCUCCCUGUCUCCCACCUUAUAAACAGUAUACACACACAUACACACACACGCACACAACCACACACACACAAAUACACACUUCUAUACAAAGCGCCAUAACAGGUGGUCUUCUAAAAACGACUGUAUACAGAUACUGCACACAGCCAAUCCAUCCCGUUAAAUUCCACUCCAUAUCGUCCAUGCACACACACAUACCCAUAGACAGACUGAGAAAAAGACAGCCUAUAGACCCACCAGCCAUUAACAACCGCGCCAUAUACUGUAAGCCUGAAAAAAAUGGAGAGAGUGGAUGAGAGGGUUAGGUGAAUGCAGACAAUAACAAAAUAAUGACAUACUUUUUUUGAUUGAGGGGGAAGCGGGGAACACAAAGAAUACAGGCACUCUGCCCUUGCAACCGCCAAAGUGGAAGGGAAAUUAGAAGCAGAUGACUGCUGUAAUUCUAUGCCUGGAGAAAAUCAGCUAUUUAACAACCAAGAGAUAUUGAGCGUUAGAUGCUAGAAAAGCAUCUUCCCUACAGAGCGCAACUUAUAGUUCCCUACAACAAUGGAGUGCUCAUCCCAGAGUCCUGGGAAGUAUCCAGGCUUUAUGGACAUGCUAACCACCCUGUUUGGCUAUCCCUAUUGGGUGACCUGUCAAUAAUUUUGAAAAGGAGUCAUCUUUUAGUAAUUUCUUUUUCCCUCUCGCUGCAGCAAUGAGAAAAAGGUUAUUCUCUUUUCAUCUAAUUGACUCUCCAUCACCUCCUUUCUCUCUGCUCACCUGUUACCACCCUUUCAUUUAUAUCUCUCUUUCUCUCUGUCGGUCCCCCUCUAUCGUUUCUCCUUUGUUGGCUCCCUAUAAUGAAAGGAUUAGUGUUGGGCUGCAAAGAAGAAAGGAAUAUGACUUGCUAAGGCUUUAAAGAAAAGCUUAAUUAUUUUAGAAUGCCAUUAAGAGGAUAAAAAGGUUUAAAAGUCUUAGUAAGAAGGGCAAGGGGAUUGAAUGAAUCAGAAAAUAAAAUGGAUGGAUAUUUUUUCAGAAUGCCACCACACACACACAUGUACACAUUCAUACAUACAGUAAACAUGUUGACCGAACAAGUAUACAUAUCUCUGAAUUCCUUAUUUGUAUAAAAAAAGAACAGCAACAUAAAUGAAAUGAAACUUUUAGGAAAUAUAAAAAAAUGUUUACUAUUGAAACGCAUUAUGAAGCAACUAUACUAACACAGAAUAUUAGCCUAUAGAGGUGCAACGCCGAACAAACCACUGUCCAGUGAUCUUUAAAAAUAAAUAAAUAAAAUAAUAUAAAAAAAAGUCAUUUGUCUUUAUGAGAACCAGAGGUCUUAUGGAUUUGUUAUGAAUUAUUAUUAUUGUUUGAACAAUUAUGAUUGUUGUUAAUGUUAUUAUUAUUGCCGUUGUUAUUAUUAUAAUGUAAAUGUUAAAGAAAUGUACACUUCCCAUGGUUUGUUUUUAGUUCUACUGUAGAGAAAUUGCUGUCUGUUUUCACUCUUACCUUUCCUCUCUUUCCCAGUCUCUCUCUUCGUCUCCUGUGCCUAGUCGUCUCUUCUCCUGUCUUUCACUCUUGUUUAUUUUAGAGUCCAUGUGUCAUUGUUGAUAUAUAGCUAACUAUUUCUUUAUAGGGGAAAGAUACAAAGCACGACAAAAUAAAAAAGAAUUCAAAAA